CGCCUCGGCGGCGGCGAUGGGGUGCCUGCAGAGCGUGGCCUGCAAGGCGCGGGUGCGCCGCGAGCAGAUCGUGGUGUCGGACGUGUCGGCCACUAUCGAGCCGGCGGCCACCGCUAUCGAGGAGAGCUCGCCGGUGGUGCUGCGGUACCGCACGCCCUACUUCCGCGCCUCGGCUCGCGUCCUCAUGCCACCCAUUGCUCGGCGGCACACCUGGGUGGUGGGCUGGAUCCAGGCCUGCAACCACAUGGAGUUCUACAACACCUACAGCGAUCUCGGCGUGUGAGCACGGGCACCGGCACCCUGACACCCGCACCGGGCUGGGGCUGGGGUCAAGCUGGGAGCUGCCCGACCUGCGAGAAGGAAGAGUAAAAGCCAUUAGUGAUUCAGAUGGUGUGAGCUACCCUUGGUAUGGAAACACCACAGAAACUGUGACCCUGGUUGGCCCCACUAACAAGAUCUCCAGGUUCUCGGUGAGCAUGAAUGACAAUUUCUACCCCAGUGUGACAUGGGCUGUCCCCGUGAGCAACAGUAACGUGCCGCUGCUGACCAGGAUUAAGAGGGACCAGAGUUUUACCACGUGGCUGGUGGCCAUGAACACCACCACCAAGGAAAAGAUCAUCUUGCAGACUAUAAAGUGGAGGAUGCGAGUGGACAUUGAGGUUGACCCCAUGCAGCUGCUGGGGCAGCGGGCACGGCUGGUGGGAAGGACUCAGCAGGAGCAGCCCCGGAUCCUGAGCAGGAUGGAGCCCAUCCCACCAAACGCACUAGUGAAACCCAACGCCAACGAUGCCCAAGUCCUCAUGUGGAGACCCAAGCGAGGACAGCCUAUAGUCGUGAUACCUCCCAAGUAGAGCGGUGCCGGGGCAUGUGCGUGAGGACCUGGGUGCUGCCAGCCUGCUGCAGGUGAAUGGGGUUUCUGAGCCAAAGCAGACCUCUGGGGCUCUCCUGCCUUUGUAGCUGUGUUUGGAAACAUGGCUUCUCCGUAGUCAGAAAGAGAGCCUGGCUGGCACAGGGGUGCAGAAGAGGGAUCGCUGAGCUGGAGGAUUUCCCAGGAAGCCGAAUCAAGUCCUCCUAAGGGGCUUGUGGCUGGCAAGGAGGCUGCCUAACCUAAACAACUCGUCUUUGCUUGCAGGACAAUGCAAGGAGCGCGAGCGCGACUGAACCGUGCCUGCGGCAAAUGCUGCUUUCCACCCAAUGGAGGUAGAAGUGGAGACCGUGCCUGCAGGACACAGAGGCUCCUGCACUGACCCUUCCCACUGGUGGGGUGUGGGUGUCCCUGUGGUGUCUAUAGCUAUGCAUUUUGGAUGGAUAAUCGACCCCUUGCCCUACCUGCUGGGAUGGGAGUGGGGCGAGAGCUGGCAGUGCUGGGGUGCUGGCUGGCACCAUUGCCCAGGCAGGGUUUUCCACAGCUGAGGGGGAGCGGGACCUGUUUUGCAUGCGUCCGGGUGUGUUUGGAGUAGUUGUGAGUGUAGGAGAUGCCAUAGCUCUUUUCUGUCUUGGAGUGAGGUAUAAGGGCAGGUUAGGUGUCCUUUUUGUUUUAAGGUGCACUGUAUCUUUUUUGCAGUUCCUCAGCCUCUUCCCACUCUUCCCCACCCAAAUCCCACCGACUCUUCUAUUAUGGAAGCAAGAUCAGUUCUCAGUCAAAUGAGAAACUGGGGGCAGUGUCCUUUUACCAGGCCCAGGUGCUUGCUGACUGUAUGUGUGGGAGUUACCCAAACUAGCUUGGAGAUACCCUUGGGCUCGCAUGCUUCCACUGCAGAUUCAAAUCCCUUGCAAGAGGUUCGGUGCUUAUUUUCCAUGCAAAUGCUGGCUCUUGUGGAGGCUCUUUUCAGCUACCCACGGAGCAGGGUGGCUCCUGACAGGGAUGCUGGUGGAGGGGACAGCACACUUUGUGGUCGUUCCUCAGGCUUUGCAGGAUUGAGGUCUCCUCUCAUUGGAUCAGAGGCAGGGAUAUUAGUAAAAUCCGCCUAGGGCAGGGCUGGGUUUGCCUGGGAAGGAGGAGCAAGCUGCCUGCUGCUGCUGCAGGUGCUUGGUUGUAAGGGGAUUUUACUUGCCUUCUUGCUCCUUGCUGCCUGAAUGUCUGACAUCUUGUGGUCUUUGGGACAGUGCAGGGCUGUAGGUGGUCACCUGCAGUUCUCAGUAUCUCACCCUUAAGAUGCAUCAAAGGUGUAAGCCAAGGCUGUGCUGCCAAUGCCCCAGGCACCCUGCCACUCCUGAGUGGGUGGCUAUGGCUUUUGCUGCUUUAUCUGCUCCAUCCACCGCCUGCGGCAACUGUGGCUCAUGCCCUUGCUUCAUGCCGUGGGAGGUCUGUGCUGCCCUGGGGAUAUAGAUAAUUUCUGUUGGGAGGGUCCCAAUUUCUAUUCUGCUGCCAGGAGAGCCUGGGGAGGGUUCCUGUGUUCAGCACUGCUUCUGUGCAAAGCUUCUCCUGCAGUAUUGGCAUCACUGCCCUCAGCCUGGCUGCUGGGGCACCCAGCCCGUGCUGCUUUACUCCCCAUGGUGCGCUGGCAUGUGCCCUUGGCAGCACUUCUGCAAAGCUUCUACCAUGGCUUGUGCUUUUCCAGGAUGGGAUGUACCCCCUGGCCCCUGCCGGUGAAGGGGCUCCCCAGAUAUCUUAGACCAAAAAUCCCUGUGGAAGCUCAGUAGUUUGCUGCCGAUGAGGUUGUUUUCCCCUCUGGAGCGUUGUGUUUUGAUGCCUUGACGCACACCUCCCUGCGCUAGGGCCGGCAGUCCUGCUCCUCCUGCUCAGCCUCACGGCAGGCUGGGAACUUGCUGCUUUCUGUGCCUAUGCCUGGGUUUUGCUGGGGACUAGAGCCUUGUGGUGGGAAAGGUUUGGAGGGAGAGGGACCUCUAGUUUUCAGCUUGCUGCUUUUAUUUUGUUGGUUUUUUUUUUUUCUGGAGCAAAACUUCUACAGGGAGCUUGCUGGUGUGGGAAUAUGUCCUGUUCUUGUGAGACUCUGCCCAUGGUUUUGUCCUGGUUUGUGGCUGAUGGCAGUUUCUGCUGUCACUGAUGUUUCAUUUCUCAAAAAGCAUGUGUGGAAAGGGGUUAGAAACUUUACAUACAGUUUUCCUUAAUGUUUUGGGGAGGAGGAGGUGGGGGGUAACUACAUUUCAGUUUGAAAGGAGGAUGUAUACUUCUGAUCCAGUGAGACAGAAAUGUCCUUGGCAGCAGCAGACUUAAAAAGCCAGAGGAAGGAGUUUCCCCAACAAGCAGGUUCUUUCCCUGCUGGGAGAGGAACUUGUGUCCAGAGAGGCUGUGUGAGCCAGCUCUCCAAAAUCCACAGGGAAGGGCCAGGACUAUGCUUGGGGGCUGUGUGCCAGCCAUCAGCCUGGGUAGCUCUUGUGGCACCACCACUGUGCCAGCUGGCUGGGAGAGUGGGGCUGCUGGUGCAGGAAAGCUGUUUAAUUUGUUGCCAUCUUUUGGGACGUGCUGGCUAGCUGGAGCCUUUGCACAUCGUCUGCCACGACACCGGGACAGCAGUCGUCUCCAUUUCUGUCCAUGUGUGGACACCCACAUAGGGAGGUGCUUGCUGCCACCCAGCGCUGGCGUUGGGCUUAGUGCCUGACCUUAGCUGUGUGCCUGAGCUCUCAGGGCUGCUCCAGCCUGCAGGCAGGCUCUGGUUGGACCCUGGGGUCAUGCCUGUGUUCACACUUUUAAGGCUUCUGCUGGGUCUGUGUGCCCACUUUUGUCUCUGACAGCUGGAUUUGGUGCACUUAAAUUGUGUGGGUUGUCUUGUGGGCAGCUUCCCACUAAAAAAAAAAAAAGAAGAAAGGAAAAAUAAUUGCAAUACUUGUUUGCAAACCAAAAGAAUUUGCAAACAAUGUUUGCAAAGAGUUGUAGGCAUUUUGUGUGGUCACCAAAGGUGCACAGUCACAGCUGGGCAGAGGUGCUGGGUCAGUGUCUGCCCAAGCUCAGCAGAGCCUGAGUGGAGGAGGGAAGGGCGGCAGGCAGUGGGUGAGAGCUCCCGUUCAUGAGU